AUGAUCACGACAGCCUACGGCCCUCAUGAAGUUGUCGAAGAGGCGGCGCGGGCUCUGCAGAAGCUGCGCCCGGCCAUUUCCUGGACUCCCAAGAUGGUUGUGACGGCCAUGGAGCUCUCAUCCUCUCCUGCAGUCGGAGACCCCCCAGCUGGGCAAAUGCUUCGCGUGCUCCCUGUGAAGGAAACGCCUCAAGCUGUGCCCGCCGGCCUCUGCAACGACGUGCUUUUGGCGGAGGAGGCCGUGGUCGAAAAGCUCACGGACUACCAUGUGGCCUUCAAAAAGGAUGUCGGCCUGUAUGACCCUCAAGAAACACGGGAAUCGCACCGACAGGCCAUGGAGGCUUUCAUUGCCACAUGCGAAGUUUAUGUGUGGCAAGUGGGCGCUGACAUUGCUGCCGUCUCGACUGCUGGUAGAGCUCUGGCAGAUGUUGGGCGUGGGAUCCAACUGGUGUACACAUCGCCACCGCACCGAAGGCGGGGCUGCGCCGCGGCGUUGGUCGCAACGAUUGGGGCUGCCCUCAACGAGCGAGGUCUGAGAACGUGCCUCAACGCGGAUCCACGCGGAGCGCAUGGUGCCAAGCGCCUCUACGAAAAGCUAGGCUUCGCAAACCAAGGCCUCAUGCAGCAAGUGCGUUUCUCUGAACUUGCGCCUGAGCCGUGUGCCUGA